AUGGAUGUUGCAGUACUGCGGAAUCGCAUCCAGUCCACACUAGAUGCCAAUGCCGACAUUCGACGGCAGGCGGAGCUUGAUUUGAAAUAUGCCGAGACGCAACCGGGUUUCAUAAACGCUCUCCUGGAUAUCCUGCAGGGCGAGCAGGUUAACGCCGUUCAACUGUCCGCGGGUGUUUAUCUGAAGAACCGAAUCAACAGGGGAUGGAACAGCCUGGAAGACAGCCCGUUACGGGCGCCGAUUCCUGAGGCCGAGAAACCAGGUUUCCGAGAGAGGCUGAUUCCUGCCUUGGUAUCGACACCGCCGAACGUUCGCGCCCAGCUCGUCCCUCUACUCCAGAAGAUCCUUCAAAAUGACUUUCCGGAACAAUGGCCCGGGUUCCUUGACAUCACUAUGCAAUUGCUUGGUACGAACGACGCGGGCUCGGUAUAUGCUGGUCUGCAGUGUCUAUUGGCCAUUUGCCGUGUCUACCGAUUUAAGUCAGGGGACAAGCGGGAGGAAUUCGAUAAGAUCAUCGAGCAUUCUUUCCCUCAAUUGUUGAGCAUCGGAUCGAAGCUCGUAGAUGAGGAGAGUGUGGAGGCAGCGGAAAUGCUUCGCAUCGUGGUGAAGUCAUACAAGCAUGCGAUCUACUUCGAGCUUUCACCGCACCUCCAAUCGCACCAGGCGACCGUCGACUGGUGUACGUUGUUCCUGCGAAUUAUCGCUAAGCAGCCCCCGGCCAACUCUAUGAUGGAAUCCAAGGAAGAGAGAGAACUUGCCCACUGGUGGAAGUGCAAGAAGUGGGCUUACGCCAACUUGAACCGUCUUUUCAUUAGAUACGGAAACCCCACGACCAUGUCGAAGUCCAGCACCCCCGAUUACACCCAGUUUGGCAAGUCGUUCAUUUCAACAUUCGCACCCGAGAUUCUCAAGGGGUAUCUGACGGAGAUUGACAAAUACGUAUCAAAGGGCCAAUGGAUGAGCAACCCCGCCCUUUCCUAUACUUUGAUAUUUUUUGAAGAGUGCGUCAAGCCAAAGUCGAUGUGGGAUCACCUCAAGGCGCACAUGGAAAAUCUCAUCGCCCAUUUCGUUUUCCCGAUUUUGUGCCAGAGUGACGAGGACAUUGAGUUGUUCGAGACAGACCCAUCCGAAUACCUCCACCGAAAGUUGAACUACUACGAGGAGGUGUCGGCCCCCGAUGUUGCCGCCACGAACUUCCUGGUUACCCUUACGAAGAACCGCAAGAAACAGACAUUCUCGAUUCUCACCUUCGUUAAUGGUGUUGUUAGCAAGUACGAGGCUGCUCCGGACGACCAGAAGCUUCCGAGAGAGAAAGAGGGUGCCCUGCGCAUGAUUGGAUCAUUGUCCUCUGUGAUCCUAGGAAAGAAGAGCCCCAUCGCAGAUCAGGUUGAAUAUUUCUUCGUCCGACAUGUUUUCCCAGAGUUCCGCAGCCCACACGGAUUCCUCCGCGCGCGUGCGUGUGACACGCUCGAAAAGUUUGAGCAGCUCGAUUUCAAGGAUCCCAACAACCUUAUGGUCAUUUACCGAAAUAUCCUGGAAUCCAUGGCGGACUCUGAACUGCCUGUCCGUGUCGAGGCUGCGCUCGCCCUCCAGCCUCUCAUCCGCCACGAUGUCAUUCGUACUUCGAUGCAGCAGAAUAUCCCCCAGAUUAUGCAGCAGCUUCUCAAACUCGCCAAUGAGGUUGACGUUGACGCAUUGGCCAAUGUUAUGGAGGAUUUCGUGGAAGUUUUCUCUGCCGAGCUGACGCCUUUUGCUGUUGCUCUCAGCGAGCAAUUGCGUGAUACCUACAUGCGUAUCGUUAGUGAGCUCCUGGAAAGGAAUGCUGCCAAGGGCGACGAGGAUUCAUAUGGUGACUUCUUGGACGACAAGAGCAUCACUGCCCUCGGUGUUUUGCAAACAAUUGGCACUCUGAUCCUCACUUUGGAGAGCACACCCGAUGUGCUCUUACAUUUGGAAACCAUCCUUAUGCCCGUCAUUAGCAUUACUCUCGAGAACAAGCUCUACGAUCUCUACAAUGAAGUCUUUGAAAUCAUCGACAGCUGCACAUUUGCCUCAAAAUCCAUCUCUCCCACUAUGUGGCAGGCCUUUGAGCUCAUCCACAAGACCUUCAAGGCCGGUGCUGAGCUGUAUCUGGAAGAUAUGCUUCCUGCACUCGACAACUACGUGGCGUACGGAUCCCAGACUAUGGUUCAAAACCCCGCUUACCUUGCCGCCGUUGUUGGCAUGGUUGAGGACAUUUUCCGCGAUGACAAGGUUGGUGGUGUUGAUAGGAUCUGCGGUUGCAAGCUCGCCGAGACUAUUAUGCUGAACCUCCGCGGCUAUAUCGACCAAUAUAUCCCUGUCUUUAUCGACCUUGCGAUGCGUGUCAUCGAUGCUGGAGAGGCACGGACCAAGUCCUACCGCCUCCACCUGAUGGAGAUGGUGAUCAACGCUAUAUACUACAACCCUGUCCUCAGUCUUCAGGUUCUGGAAUCUAAGGGGUGGACGAACAAGUUCUUUAGCGCCUGGUUCUCUAGCAUUGAUGGGUUCAGACGUGUCCACGAUAAGACGCUAUCGAUUGUCGCCAUCACCUCACUGCUCACUUUGAACCCUGCGGAUGUCCCAACUAGCGUUCAGCAGGGAUGGCCUAGGUUGCUCCAGGGAGUCACCAGACUUUUCCACACGUUGCCUGCCGCUGUUAGGAACCGCGAAGAUGCGACAAAGGAGUCGGACUUCACAUACGAAGAAGAGGAGGAGGAGGACGACGAAGGCAACGACUGGGACGGCGAAAUUGAAUGGACAGAACAGGAUGAGGCCGAGGUUGGCCCUGAGGCCGACAUCCCCGAUGAGAGUGCCGCUUAUCUGGACUUCUUGAACAAGGAGGCUCAGAAGUUUGGCUCCUUCGCUGGGGAUGACGACGACGAGGAGCUUGACGAGGAGAGCUUACUCGAGACUCCUCUGGAUAAGCUCGAACCCUAUGGGCUGUUUAAACAGGUCUUCUUGAACCUUCAACAAGAACAGCCACAACUUUACGAUAACCUGACGAACAUUCUGAACGACGACGAAAAGAAGAUCAUCGAGUCUGUGUUCCACGAAGCAGAUGCGAAGGCUCUGGCCGCGGCUAAUAAUCAGGCUGCUGAAGCGGCAGCCCUUCAAGCCAACGGAAACCAAUAG